AUGGGCGAAUCAAAACCCUGGGUCGACGGCCCGUACACUCUAAUUAGCCCUUCCAGGAGCGGCGCUUCGGUCGGGAAGAAGCUAUCAUCGGCCCGAGCGAUGGCAGCAGAAAUGUCAAUUGUGCAUAACUGCCUAAUCCGAGGGAUCAAUUCAGUGUACAACCAGUGUAUCAACGUCACGACACGAGGAACCGACACCGACAAGCUUGACUUCGCCAACUAUGCGUUCCAGUGGACGGAGAUGGUCCAUGAGCAUCACUCAAGUGAGGAUAGCACGAUAUUUCCGUCCAUGGGCGAGAUUGCCGGGGUACCGGGUUUGAUGGACGUUAAUUCCAACGAGCACGCCGUGUUUCACGAUAAGAUUGGUCAAUACGCGGAUUAUUUGAAGGGGGUUAUACAGGGCAAGGAGAAGCUUGAUGGAGAGAAGGUUAAGAACCUUAUCGAUUCGUUUAUGCCGGAGCUGCACACCCACCUUGGGAAUGAGAUUGAUACACUUGUCGAUUUGGAAAAAUAUGAUAAGGUCGACUGGGAUGCUUGGUUUAAGAAGGAGGUGGGUAAAAUGAUCAAGGAUUUGAUGGGCCAAUAUGAAUACCGGAUCAACAUCUUCCCGUUGAGCAUCAUCUUGCACGAUAAGUCAUUCGACGAUGGCGUGUGGAAGACCUUCCCCCGAUUCCCAUUGGUGGAGGUUCGCUGGCUGUGA